AUGGCCUGUUGUGCUGUUGGAGCUUACAUCGUCUUCCGCUUUCUCAACAUACACGAGAAAUUAUGUACUCUUUAUCCUCGCCAAAGCCAUGUCGAGCAUAGCCCUGCCCAACGACCGAAAUUCAUCAAAGGUGCCCAGGUCAGCAUCUUGAGUCUAGAUGGCCUAACCUGCGCGUCGUGUGUAUCCGAUGUUGAAGAAAUAAUCGGGUCUGUCCCCGGAGUCUUGAAGGCCACUGUUUCACUCGGCUUACUUCGAGCUCAAGUAGAAUUCUACAAUGAUGUUGUGACAGAGGAGAAUAUCAUUGAGACCAUCCGCUCUGCGGACUAUGAUGCCAAUCCACUGCCUUCAUCUAAAUCUCAGAGCUGGGCUAGUUUGUUAUCUAUUAUUCAAGAGCCCGGAAACUCCCAGCAACAUCAUGUUAAUUCAUAUCAACGAGACUUUCUUAUGGCAACUGCGGCUUCGGUGCUUUUCUUCGCGUCACGCACCAUCAAAGCCCUGUGGACGACGCAAAACAAUAAUAUAAACUUGAUUGCGUAUUUCACUGUUGCAAUGAGUUUAGUAUCUGGAUUACAACUCCAUGUUGAGGCUUUACGCUCUGCAUGGCACGGAAGAAGACCAAACAUGGCAACUCUUGCAUCACUGGGUAUCAUGUUGGCUCUUAUACAAGCUGUGACUGAUACUGUACAGACUGAAAUGAAUGGACUUCAUCGCAUCGAUCCAAAGUCCCUGGAGGCCAUUCCAAUUCUGUCUACAAGUGUCCUUAGCGGCCGCUUACUCAAAGCCAUCCUCUCCCAGCGAAACCGGGUCUUCGCAUCUCCGCUCUCAAAUCUUGUGCCUACCAUUGCCAGGGUAUACAGCACAGCUGCCGAAUAUUCUGAUAUUCCUGUUGAAUUAUUGUCUUCGGGCGAUCGCGUUAUUGUGAGCCAGGGAGAGCAAAUACCUUGCGAUGGAAUAGUCGAGAGCACGGAAUCGGCUCUAGUCAUAGAGACUUGGAUCAAUGGCUCCUUCGAGCCUAGACUGGUCGAAAACGGCGAUGCUGUAUAUGCGGGAGGUCAGGUACAACAAGGAUCGAUCGUCUGUAGGGCAACAGCCUGUGGGCGUUCGACUCGCCUAGGUCAACUCCUCACGUCCAUCGUGACGGCGGAAAUGGCCAACUCGGAGCCCCAACUUCAUCGUGCUACUUCAUGGUUCUCAAGUGCAGUCAUCCUGAUUACAAUAAGCAUACUCACAUUUUAUCUCGUGUUCACCAGGGGCAGCUGCUGGGCCGAUGGGCUGGGUCGAGCUUCAGCGUUGCUACUAGCUGCUUGCCCAUGCUCACUAAGUUUGAGCAUUCCAACUUGUAAACUACUGGCUACAGUGCGGGCAUCAAAGUUUGGAGUCCGGUUGGUGACUACUUACGCAAGACUGCGAAACGCUGCCUCAGCUCGAACUAUUCUCUUUGACAAGACUGGUACUCUCACACAUGGAGAUCUGAAAGUGACACAUACGAACUUCUCUAAGGAGUGGUAUUCAUCACAAAAGCAAGACAUAUUGUGGAGGGUUGUACAAGAAGUUGAAGCUGGGAACACCCACCCAGUUGCCCGAGCGCUUUUCCAAGAGAGUCAAUCAAGGAUAGGAGAGAAGCAAGAGUAUUUACCUAAAUUGGUGGUAUCUGAAAUCAACCACGAACUUGGUCGCGGGGCUCAAGCGUUUGUGACAGCCACUCAGCCGUUGUCUGAGUCCGGUGGAGUGUUCGCCACUUGGAAGUUGGCAAUUGGAAGCCGUGCGUAUAUCGAGAGCCUCGGAGUUUCCAUCGAUCUCAGUCAAAUUCCCGUGGAAAUGAGAAAUGGAAUUACAACGGCUGUUGUGCUGGCCGUUGAUGGCAAGCAGGCUGCCGUAUUUGUACUUCAAGAUACAGUUCGUUCCCAUGCUCACCAAGUCAUACGACAACUCAAAGACAUGGAUCUGGCUGUUGGAAUGAUUACUGGGGAUAACGCAGUCUCCGCUACUUCUGUCGCUCGCGAAGUAGGCAUUGAUUCAGACAUGGUAUUCUCCAAUGCACUUCCAGAAGAAAAGUCUCGCAUUCUAGCCUGCUUUCUUCAGCGCGGACCGGCUAUCUAUGUGGGUGACAACCACAACGACAUUUUAUGCUUUGCAUCUGCAUCGUUUAGUAUUUGUGUCGCAGGCUCGGAUAUGAAGUCUGAUGAUGCUGACUGUGCGGAUGCGACGUUGAUGCCGUCGGAGAUUCCUCCGCUGAGUCGCAUUCCGUUGAUGAUACUCUUGGCACGGCGUAUGAGACGCAUUGUGAUGCAGAACACUUGUUGGGCUGUUGUUUACAAUAUCUUAUCUUUAUUCCGUGUACUUGGUGUUAGUGAGACAACACCGCCUUCUCCCGUUUGGUCUAGUAUAGGAAUGGGACUCAGCAGUGUUGUUGUGCUAUGGAAUAGCUCAAGGGUGAAUUAG